CUUCUAGGUUACUUGUAUUGGAACUAAUAUCGGACAAAAACUAGGAAAAGAAACCAUAGAGCAAUUACUUAGCAACCAACGACGAACACCUUCCACAACAAUCAAAAAUGCAACACACAAGCUGGAUGGAAUGCAUAAACCUAUGUCUAACAACAUACUUCCAAUUCAACGACCAAAUAUAUGAACAAGUCAAAGGAACACUCAUGGGAUCGCCAAUAUCAGGUUUGAUUGCAAAAGCAGUGAUGCAAAGACUCGAAAACAUAAUUUUACCAAAGAUCGAACCCAAGAUUUGGAUACGCUACGUCGACGACACAUUUCUAAUAAUCAAAAGAAACGAGUUAGAUAAAGCUCACAACUUAAUAAACAACAUCAAAUUCACAAGAGAAGAGGAAUCCGAGAACAAAAUACCAUUUUUGGACGUCUUAGUCGGGCGAACAACUACAGGAGAAUUAGAAACUCAAGUUUAUAGGAAAUCAACUCACACAGACCAAAUCCUGAAUUACAACAGCAACAACCCAAUAACACACAAAAGGAAUUGCAUACAAACACUAUUCAAGAGAGCAAGGACUCAUUGCAGCACUACCACCUUAAGGAAAAUUGAAGAAAAGUAUCUCAUGGACGUCUUCCAAAAGAAUGGAUAUCCACGGAAUUUCAUCAAAAAACAUAUACCCCCAAGCCAACCUAUCAAAGCAAAAGCCACCAAGGAAACCACCAUGGAAAUCGUCCUAUCAUAUAUAAAGGAUAUCUCAGAAAUCACUACAAGACUCUUCAAACCUUUAGGAAUUGACGUCGUACACAAACCAACAAAGUCGCUUCACUCAAUUCUGUGUCAACCAAAAGACUCAACAGUGAAAGAAGACAAAACCAACAUCAUCUACAAAAUAAACUGUAACAACUGCGAAAAACACUACAUUGGCCAAAGUGGAUGUCCCCUUCGUCCUCGUACCCACGACCAUAAGCUAGCCGUCAAAAGACAUGAUAUCCACUCCCUCAUUUCACUACACACAGACAACCACGGACAUCAAUUCGACUGGGACAAUCUACGUUGAGAUAUUAGACAGAGGAAACAACAAGAAUGCUAGAGAAUUUUUAGAAGCUUGGUAUUCCAGUGAACCAUCGAUCAAUAAACACAGAGAUAGACAAAAUUUAUCAACCGAUAAGAAAGAAACUUCACACACAAAGGGUCAAAGUUCAAGUCAAAGAAACAAUCAGUUCCAAUACAACUAGCUGUCUAGGAGGUGUGAAAACACACAAAAACAACCAAUCACGUCCAAGGU